AUGGCAAUUACAAGUGGAUCGACUAGCUGUCGCGUCUCGUAUCAGACAACCCGCAACAUUACAACGCGCGCAAGCAUCGCAUUAUCGGCAUGCGGCCCGCCCGUAAUUCUCGCGAUCGCCGAAAAACUCUUGGACAUGAUGUACAACGUGAUAAAAAUCGCUGGUCCAGCAAAAUUCAAAGUGGGCGAUUCGGUACGCGUGAUGUUUAAGAUCGUUAAGGUGCAGCAUACCAAUCCCGUAAUCUAUUUACUCGAGGACUAUCGCGGAAAAUCCGUCGCUGGUGCGUUCUACGAGUUGCAUCGCGUUACGCAUCCGGACGUGUAUCUCGUGGAGAAAGUACUGCGCAGGAAGGGAGACAAGGUGUAUGUCAAGUGGCUGGGAUUCAAUGGAUCGAACAAUUCAUGGAUACACAAAAACAAUGUCAUUUGA